AUGAUACAAUUAGUACUCCGUCUUAUACUAACUUUAAUAUUGUUUGAGUACCCGUUAAAGACACUCUCAACAGAUCCAUUUGUAUGUCCAACUUCUGCUUAUCAGACAUUCAAUUAUUCCGUAAAUUGGUUCAGCGGUUCAUUAAAUUGCUUUUCUGCUGGAGCCCAAGUGCCCGAUAUUCAAGUGUAUGCUUUAAAUAAUCACACAUAUAUAUUGCGUGAAAAUAAAUGUAUUAAUUACGAAGCUCCAUUUAUGUAUGUUCUGUUCAGCAAUACAACUGUUUUGCUGAUCGAUAGUGGAGCAACCAUUCCAUCAUCAAGUUUUCCAAUACAAAAACAUGUUGAAACAUUGAUAACACAAUGGUGUGUAAAAAAUGGUAAACAACGUGUAGACCUUGAAUUAAUGGUUGCUCAUACUCAUGCACAUACCGAUCAUAUCGCUGGUGAUCAACAGUUUAAAGGUCAACCCCAUACAACAGUUGCUGGUACGAGUGUCAAAGAAGUUCAAGAAUUUUUCGAUUUAACGAAUUGGCCAUACACAACUGGAACUUUCAAUUUGGAUCAAAACAGAAUUCUCGGAAUAAUUCCUAUUCCAGGGCAUGAACGUAGUUCAAUCGCGUUUUACGAUUGUGCAACUGGAAUUUUGUUUACGGGAGACUCUUUAUAUCCUGGUAGGCUAUAUAUCUCAAAUUUUACUGAAAAUGUAGAAUCUAUUGCACGCUUAGCAGACUUUGCUAAAACAGGUGAUCAACGAAAUGUAAAUGUUACGUUGAUUUUGGGCGCACAUAUCGAAAUGACAUCCAGAAAACAAAUUGAUUAUCCGACAGGUUCAACUAAUCAGCCUUCGGAACAUGCGUUACCAUUAAAUAUACAGCAUUUAUUUCAAUUAAACUCAGAACUAAAACAACAAGCAGCAGAUGGACUCACUAAGAGGCAUACAGCUUAUUUAGAUGAUUUUAUUAUCUCUCCAAAGCCUUCGGAAUUGCCAUCACUUCCUCCAAGCGGUCGCAUCUCGUCCCACGGGAUGAUCUUGUUACCUUUAAGUGAACCGUCCACUGUAUGGCUGUCCCACGUACCCAUGUUUGAUAUGCCUCAUGAUUACCAGAUUGUUCUAACAGCACAUAUUACUAGUUCAACCAUUGAACCACCACCACUACCGACAAAUACGAGCUUACUUGGUACUUUGUGGACAAUAGUACCUGAUCGAUGGUCAUUGAAUAAGUUUAUUAACGGAAAUAUAACCAUCUUUGACGCUCAGUUAUUCAAAGGCAAUUCUGAACUAAGUGGCAUAUAUCUUUGUAAUAUAACAUUAAAUGUUAUUCAGCUAUUGACAAUAUCACAUUUGAAUUCAACCGAAAUUGAACCAUAUCAGUCUCUAAGAUAUUUUAGUUAUUCGCAAUUAUCAUCAAAUAAUUUCAUCAUUCACUUAUAUCUAUUACAUCAGAUCCGAAUUACUCCUGAUUUUGAUUCGGUUGUACAUGUUGUAAUUGAUAUAAGCACAGAUUGUACAAGUGGCGCUAGUACAAAUCAAACAUUAUUAUACGAAAUUGUUACCAAUCCAAAUAUUGAAUGGGCAUUUCCUGGACGUGAAAAUAAAUUAAAAAAUCGUCUCACGUCGUCGGAUGACCAUGCUCGAGCACAACUACUAGGUGAUCCUUAUAGUACAGUAUGUACAAUGAAAAUCAUCGAAGAACUUAGUUGCUUAAUUGGACCAGGCUUUUUUACUGAUUGCGAAACUUUGGAUUAA